GAUUCUAAAUUAUGCUCAAUUGUUUUAUUACCAACUGAAAGAAACAAUGUACCUGAUUUCAUUACUGGUAAUGUUUUGGAUCGUGAUAAAGGAUACGGUUACUUAACGUUUAAUGGAUCCUUAUAUCAUGAGGCUGAAGCGGCUGGUAAUUUAGAGGCAAAAACAGGAUUCUAUCAUUUGAGAAUAUUAGCAAAAGAUUGUUCUAAUCCACCAAAAUCUACGAUUUCAUGGCCAAUCACAUUUGAACAUAUUCGAUCAGAUGUACCAAUAUGGUCAAAGACAAGAUAUCACUUUAACAUUGAUUCAUUACAUCGACCUGGUGAUAAAAUUGGUAAAGUGACCGCCUAUUCAUCAUCAGCAACAUUGAACAAUUUAAACAACACUUAUAAUUCACCAAUGGGAGAUGAUACAGGCAUGUGCGCGUAUACAAUUCAAGAUAGUACUUAUUCCUUUGCUAUCAAUGGACAUGGUGUUAUUCGAUCAUUGAAAAGAUUUAAUAAUCAUACAGAUUCAGUGUAUGAAUUCAAUGUGACAGCAUUCGAUUGCCAUCUACCAAUGCCGUAUAAUUCAUCUGUACCUGUUACUAUUCAUGUCAAAGCAUCGUGUACAUCACAAUGGAAUGGUAUACCAAAAGAAAUAGCCUAUACAGCUUUAUCGAAUCCCAAAUUGAUUGCUGCCAAUGCAAAAUUUGCAAUUUGUCCACAAAGCAAUCCAAAUGACAAUGCUGAUAUCAAUCCCUAUAGCGAAGAUGAUGAUGAUGACAGUAGUGAUGAUGAAGAUGAAGGAAAUGGUGAUGAUCUUGAUGAUAUUGAUAAUGUUACUAGUGAAUAUGACUACUGUCCAAUUGAACAAGUAACUCUGCGUAUGAAAAUUUUAUGGAGUAAAGAAGAUAUAAUUGUUGGUGAUGAAUCAAAUCCACCUUCUUCUUCAUCAUCAUCAUCGUCAUCUCCCUCGACCUCGUCAGCCUCGUCAUCGCCAUUAUCAUCAUCAUCAUCCUCUUCUGCUUCUUCACAGUGUGAUUUGGAUUAUUACUCCUUACUGGCUAACCGGAAAACUUGCAUCAACUCUGCUCAAAAUACAAUCAUAGACUUAUUACCAGAUAUCAGUAAACUACGUCGACAGCAUGAAUAUCAACAAACCCAGCCUCAUUUAAACAAUAUUGACAAUAUGAAUUUACCAAUUGUUGAAAAGAUAAAAAGUUUAGAAGCUUUUCCUAAAAUUAGUGAGCAUGAUUAUCCAUCAGGUAUUUACUAUUUCAAUGGUUCAACUCAAUUGGAUUUAAAUCAUUUUGGUAUAUUUCAUUCACUGCAAAGAUUUGAUAAUAACAAAUUUACAAUAAACUUUUGGAUGAAACAUUCACCAAUUACACUGAAUCAACAAUAUGAUGAAAGCUUUGCAUCGUCAAAUGGACGUGAGAAUAUUUUAUGCAGUUCUGAUGAAUAUGAAAAGAAUCGACAUCAUUUUGCUAUAUUUUUGCAAAAUUGUAAACUUGUUGUCCUAAUACGACGUGAACCAAGUAAUUCAUCAAUAUCGGAUUCAACACAGUUACUUCCAUCACAAUGGCGUUUUGAUGUCGAUGAAGUAUGCGAUUCUAACUGGCAUCAUUAUUCAUUGACUUAUCAUCCACCGAAAUAUUCAUCACAAAAAUCUAUACCAUCUAUGGGAUUAGAUAGUGAAAUUGAGUUACAAUUGUAUGUGGAUGGACAGUUAGUACCAAAUAAUCCUGAAUUAGUACAAAUAGCUGAGAAUAUGCCUAUGAUACAUUUGUCGUCUAGAAAUCAUGAGUAUGUGCGUACAACAGUUGGAGCAUGUUGGCAUGGGCGUAGUUCACAAUUCAGUCAACAUUUUCUGGGUUACCUUGCUGGUUUAACAUUUACCAGUGGUUAUAUACAAACUAGUGAAGAAUUACGUUGCCUGCCUAAUUGUGAACCACGUUUAUUUAUAAAUGAUCCAACAUUUGCUACAAAAACUGAUCGUUUCGAUACAACAAGUGUUCGGAAUUCACAUUUAAAUAGUAUUAUUAUACAAGCGAAAAGUUUGAAUGAAUUAACAACUCUUCUAAGAAAAGUAACCUAUUAUAAUCCAAGACUACAAUAUAAACCAAGAUAUCGACCUGAACCAGUAGCUAUCCAAUUGAAUACAAUGUUCACUUACUCAACUGACUGUGAAAUGCCGUCUACACUAAAUCAAGUUAUCUUGAUUAGUCCAAUGCCACCGACAAAGCACACAUUAUCUGUACUUGAUGCAUACAGUAAGAAUGCCUACACAGACCGACGUCAUGACAACAGCCAUCCUAAGAGUUAUGAACAACAUCACCACCAACAACAACAACAACGACAGCAGUAUAACAAUGAACAAGUACACCAAAGACCUUUUAGAAAGUCGUUAACAACAAGUAAUGAAACUCAACAAAGUUCGCCUCCUCAUCGUCCCCACCGAAAUGAAAUGUCUUCUUUAUCUGAUAUUUCAUUAAUCUUAUCCAAUACAAGAAGAGAUGAAAUCGUCAAUCAAACAUUCACCUCAAGAAAGAUUGAUUCAGAUAAACUGUCGUCAGGAGUUGCAAUUUUUCCUGAUUUAAUGUUAUCUUGGAAGGUAUCACCUGAGAUGAUGAAAUCAUUUAAUAUAUCUUCAGUCUUUCAACAAACAAUUUCAACAUGUUCAAUAAAUUUAUGCAAUAAUAAUAAUAAUAAUAACCAUCUAUCGAAUUUUGAUGGACAUCUAUUUUUAAAUUCAGAACUUUUAUAUUUGAAACCAGAAUAUGCAAUAAAUCGUUUAAUAACAUAUCAACGUUUAAAUGGAUUAACAAUAUAUGGAAGUUCAGAUAUAUCAAGUUAUAUGAAUGCAUUGAAACAUGUUCAAUGGAUAUACAAAGAUAAGCAUAUCACCUUAAAUAAACGUUGUUUUAAUUUAACAUGUGAAGCAGCAAUUCAAAUUUUGAAAACUGAUAUAAACUUAAUGAAAAUUAAAAGCAAUUCAAUACAAUCUGAAUUUAUUAUUGUUCAUGAGAAAAAUGGUAAAAUCGAAUCUUUGCAUUCACCGACAGCAUCCUCAUCAUCAUCAUUCGUUGAACCAGGUGCACAACAGCAUUCCGUUCGACUAGCUUUGCCCAAGGCACCUCGUUUGUUAGCUAAACGUCAUACAAAUGAAUUCAGAUCGGAUUUACAUCUCAGCAGUCCUGUUUCAAGUAAUUGGAAUAAGAGCAUUUUCCUGAUUAUUGGUGCUUCAGUUUUGGCUAUCUUAUUACUACUAUUUGUUGCUGUUAAUCGAAUACAACGUAUUCAUUCAAAAUCGAAUCAUCAAUUCAAAUCACAAACAAAUAAUCUUCACAUGAUACCGUGUACUGAAGAUAUAUUAAAACAAAUGUAUACAAGUCAACAAUUCAAUGAUGCAGAAGAAACAAUAAAACCGGAAAAAAUAACAAGUGCAGAAAAGUUAAGAAAUUCAAAAUCAAACGGCGAUAAUUCACCUAUUGUUAUAACACAACAGAAACAGCAUAAACAAACACAAAAUGAACCGUUAAGAGUUAUACCAAAUCCCAUUGUGAAUGAAUCAGAUAUGAAAGAAUUUGAAACGAAAACUGUUCUACUUGAUGAAAAGCGUUACAAUGCUUCUCUGAACAUGGCUUCAUCAAUAUAUAAUCAUCAUAAUCAUAAUAAUAAUGAUGAUCAUGAUGAUCGUGAUCAUAAUGAUUAUGAAAAAAGUGAUUCACCAAUCAUUUGUCGUCCUCCAACAUUUGAAUUCUAUGAAAAUCCAUUAAGAUCUGAUCAAGAGGAUGAAGGCGAUUGUGAGUGUUCAUGCUGUGAAGAUGAUAAUGACGCCACAAAGUAA